CUAGAGGUGUGUGGUGGGGUUGGGGGCUGGACAUGGCCCCCUGUCCCCAUCCUGAGUCCUGCCCAGCUGGCAGCCCCCUUGGCCUGAUAUGUCUGUCCCUUUUGCUCAUCCCUGCUUCAGCUGGAACCUACUGUGAAUGCAGCCUUGGCCUCAGCCGUGAGGCCCUUAUUGCCCUCAUUGUGAUGCUGGCUGGUGUCAGUGCCAGCUGCUUCUGUGCCCUCGUUGUUGUGGCGAUUGGUGUCUUUCGGGCCAAGGGUGAGACGGGCCCUGGACACUCGCAAAACAGGUUGGUGGCGCCCUAUGGGGUCCAGGAAGAUCGCAUAGACCUGCACACGGUACAUGUGGAGUCCCACCUCAUGGACCCUGAUCUGGAUGUAUCCAUGAUGCAGACCUUGGAUGGCCAAGGCCUCAUGACCAUGUCUGCUCCUCUAGAGCCACCUCCACCCCCUCCACCUCCUCCCCCACUUCCACAGUAGUGGAGAGCAGCUAGGGUGGAGAAUUAAACAGUAUUUAGUGAU